UUCUGUCCAUAGCCGCUUCAUCAGUCUUUCAGUCUUUCCUCCGGUUUGCCAUUGCUCUUUUUCUAAAAGUGACGAUACCCCGAAGUAAACAAUCUUUGUUUACACACACACACACAAGACCACACAAAAUGGCGUCACCAACAAUCCGCCGGCUCGCCGACUAUGUCGCCACUUCUGAGCCCAUCCUCAAGCUCCCUCACCCCUACCAGACCUCCUACCUCGUCGUAAAGGGCGAAUCCGGCGUCGCGAACUCGUACCAGCUCAAGCAACAAGACAACAAGGCCGCUCUGCCCCGUCCCCUCCACAACGACUCCCUCUUCUUCACCGAGCCCCAAGACCUCAAGUCCUCGGACAAGCCUCACAUCUCCAUCAACACGCCCUGGGGCCGCGCCCGCCGCUCUCCGUCCGUGGCCGUCUCGUGGAAGGAAUCUACCGCUCCCACCGUCGGCCAGCUCUGGCUGAUCGCCUACGUCAUCUUCACCCUCCGGCCCUCCGAGGAGGCCUUCCGGCUGUCCACCUACGGCUUCGGCGCCGACAAGCUCGCCCGCCAGCUCAAGGCCGUCGGCCUAGCCAUCGACCACCCGGCCCCGGCCACUCCCGAGCAACAAAAGCUCCACGGCACCGAUGCCGGCAAGGAGCUCCUCCUCCUGCGCGGUGCCUUCUGGCAGGGUGCCGGCUCUCCCUUCGGCGCGCGCCCGGCCUGGGCCCCCGAAACCCUCGCCGACAGCGAGGACGGCAGCCUCGAGUCCGUCUACCCCCUGCAGGCGACCGAGUACGUCAUGACCAACGAGCCCAACAGCGCGCUGUGCUGGCACCCUCGCAGGCGGGCCAAGCCCGCUCCGGGGUCCCUCAUCUACAGCCGGUACAUCCCGCACCUGAAGGAGAACUUUUCCAUGGUGGCGCUGGACCACACCAACGCGGCGCACCUGGAGCUGUUCCACACGUGGCAGAACGACCCGCGCGUGUCGCAGGGGUGGAACGAGGAGGGCACACUGGAGCAGCACCGCGAGUACCUGCGUAAGGCGCACGAGGACCCCCAUCAGAUCACCGUGUUGGCGGCUUUUGAUGAUGUCUUUUUCGCUUACUUUGAGAUUUACUGGGCCAAGGAGGACCGCCUAGGAGCCUACUACACCCCCGGCAACUACGACCGCGGCCGCCACUCGCUCGUCGGCGACGUGCGCUUCCGCGGCCCCCACCGCGUCUCAGCUUGGUGGUCGUCCCUCAUGCACUACCUCUACCUGGACGACCCGCGCACCAUGAGCGUCGUCGGCGAGCCCAAGUACACCAACAGCUCCGUCCUCAUGUACGACAUGAUGCACGGUUUCGGCCUCGACAAGUUUGUCGACCUCCCCCACAAGCGCUCUGCCUUUGUCACAUGCUCGCGAGAGCGUUUCUUCCAGCUGUGCCCGCUUGAUGAGAACCAGAAGUUCCUCGGCGGUACUCACGUUGGCCUUGUUCCUAAGCUUUGAGUGGGGAGGUUAGGUGUUGCUUAGAGUUUGAACGGCUUGGGCGGCUGGAUGAUUGUAAAAAAAAAAGUGGUGCAUCUGUUUGAUCUUGGAUAUGUAAUAGACUAAUGAGGAAAAUGGUCGGAAAAGUUAUUUGGGAAAGGCAGUGGAACAAAAGAACGGUAUUUGAAUCUUGCGUCGGACUAGUUAUAAAUGUUGUAAAGGUGGUGAUUGUCAGGGCACAUGCCAAGCACUGUCUGGGACCGUGGCAUUUCAUCCCAUCUGGACUAUCAUCUCAUAUACUUGUAAGAACCUCAUCCCAUCCAAAUAUAUGCAACUUGGC